CUGAAAGGCUCCGUUUUAUGCCCGCAUGUGACCGCUGAAGGCGCACACAGCUAUUUAAACACCGUCGAUUGGGUGCUGAAGUGGACAGCUCCCCACGCAGAUAAACAGAUGAACGCGCAAUGGCUCGUUCAGCUUGUGCCACCGGAUGCUUCACAGCAGUAAAUGGAGAGCCCCAUUUUUGCUCCACGAUUUUGACUCCUUUGAGUGGCUGAGUCGGGGAGGCGGUGAAGGCAUCGUGCUCUCCUGCAGGGGCGGAUAUCGGGGCACCUGUAGAGCUUAAUCACCGGGUCUUGUUGAAGCGCGGGGGGCGGAAUUGUUUCACAUCAGUUCGCCGUGGUCCAGCAGGAGAGGAGCUCUGGCGCCGUCUGAUCCCGCGUCGGGGAAGCGUAAAGGUAUCAUCAAUCCGACUAGAAGACAUAAGCUUAGAUUUCUAAGCCUCCCUUUGUGCCUAUUUACGGGAGAGAGCAUGAUGGAUAGAGAGGAAUUUGCUCUGAGUAGUGCCUUGAGUGGAUUUGCAGAGCGGGCGGUGAGCUCCCGGGGAAUCUAACCCGCAUGUGCACAGUGGCUCCAAGCACCACCAACAGUUCGCCAUUUUUCCUCAAGCUCUUUUUUUGUUGAAAAUUUCUAAUCAGGAUACAGCUAUUUUAUAACUAACAAUGGGGAAAGAAGAGUGCAAAACAAUGCUAGAUGCUUUGAACAAAGUCACAGCCUGCUACAGACACUUGGUCAUCGCGCUUGGAAGCACAUCAGACUCCCAAAAUUUGCGCGAGGAGCUGAAGAGGACCCGCAAAAAGGCGCAAGAGUUGGCAGUCGCCAACAGGACUAAACUGACCACCCUGCUCAAAGACAAGUCCAUCAGCAAGGAAGACCGCGCCGAGUACGAGCGCCUGUGGGUGCUGUUCUCCAGCAGCAUGGAGCUCCUGGAGGUGGACAUGAAAAGGUCCCUGGAAAUCGGGCAGGACUUCCCCCUUAAGGUGCCCACCAGACACCUGAUCCAGACGGGGAUGACCGGCAGCACCAGCACCGUGGCGGCGCGCGCCAUGAGCGUGCAGAAUAUGAAGUACGAGGCGGACAGCAACAUCGACACGGCGGACCUGAAAGACCUGCAGAGCGAGAUCACCCAGGUGAGCCAGAUGAUGGAGGAAAUGGAGAUGAAGGUCCAAGUGGCGCCGUGGGCCGUCGUGGCGAAGCAGGAAGCCGGGGCCGAACUCAAAUCCAACCUGAGUGUAGGGAAUUCCUCCGUGGGCGUUAUCUCCAUCUGCGAAGAGGAGCCCAAAGAUGAUGAAGGUGAAGGCAGUAGAGGCGGUGGAUUUGGCUCGGUCGGCGCUGUCAUCGGAUUCCUUUUGAUCGUUACUGUUGCUUUGGUUUUAGGAUAUUUGGUGAUCAACAUGUCCUGAAUAUUCUGAAACUAACAAACCAAAAUAAAAAAAUUAUAUAUAUUAUAGCCCACGCGGAUGGACACCCCGCGCGUGGAGCGCCUCCACAGGGAAGAGCUGUCACCUGCCCAGGAGGCAAACAGGGCUUCAAGGGGAUCCAAUAUGAAUACAUUGUUGACUUCUCUUAAAUUCUUGAAUGUAAUUCGUGGAGGAGAGGGGCUGCACUUGAUCAGAUGUAGAUAAUUGUAGUCUGUGUGUGCUUUGUGAAUGAGAGAGUGGGUGAAAAUGGUAAUUUAUUUUUAGAAAAAGGAGUCACAAAUUACGUGACAGCGUCUGGCCACCAGAAUGACACAAACAACACCUAAUCCAAGUGGAUUAUUGGAGAUAAAUGUAGCCUGUGGAUAAGUAUUCCCAUUUCUGUCUGGCAGAUUGAUGUUUUACUUUUCUCACUUCGGUUCAGGAAAGUCAAAUGUCUUCAAACAAGCAAAAGUACCAUCUGGUCUGAGCAUUAGUUCUAUGCUAUAUAAGCCUGUUAAAACCCAAUACAGCAGAGAAAGAACAGUUAAUCCUGGCUUCUGCUAUCACAGACCGGCUAAGAUCAAAUCUGCACUCUUCAACAUCCACCUCACCUCCUCUUCCGUAACCCUUGUGCUAUCCUAGGCACUUUAACAUUGGGAGUUGGGUCAUCUAGACCCACUAGACAGUGCUCUGAACCUUUUUUCUUCAAUGAUUUGUGAACCUCACUGGUGUCCAUGGAUUACAUGAAAUCUUUCCACCUUUAUCCACCUUUGGCAUGGUAGGAAUGACACGUCAAUGUAAGGGUGGGGUCAUAGGAUAGCACAAGGGUUAAGGUUACAGUGGGCAUGCAUCUAGCUUCACUGCACUAAAAUCUCAACGAGCCUUGGGACCUACAAUAAGAUUUGUCUUUUAAUGCACCUGUUCACUGUAAGCCUGUUCCUUUUCAGGGUUUUCUUGUAAGCAGUGUUGAAUGUAAACCUUUUGCAAAAUGUUAGUAGAUGGUUUGUACAUACGGUCUGUACUGCAGCAUCAGAUAAUGUACAUAAGUAUAUUUAAUAUAAUAAAAUUUUGAAACACACCUAAAA